GACCCGAGUGCCCUGCAGGAAUAAGAGGAGGAGUGUCCUGCUUUUCCCAGUGCCUGGUGUUCAAGAACCUUUGCUGUCAGAGUUACAGGAUGGCGACCAUUGUCCUACCCCCCACUUGUGGUGAGUUGUUGGGUCCUUUAGCCCUGAGUAUAGGCUUUAAAGGCCCACAACCCAUGGAGUGGGUACAAGGGACAAGGGGGCCAAGCAGCCGUGGGGAAGAAGGGUUGGGCAGAGCAGCUCGGUCCUCCCUGUACCCGACCUCUAAGCAGAAAGUGCACACAGAGGAGGAAGGGCUCGUUAAUGAGCUCCUGACAAGCUUGUUCAAGGACCUGGUGACCUUGGAGGAUGUGGCUGUGGACUUCACCCAGGAGGAGUGGGCAUUGCUGGAGCCUUCUCAGAGAACCCUGUACUGGGAUGUGAUGCUGGAGAACUUCAGGAACCUGGCCUCACUAGAUAAGCCUUAUAUCAUUCCUGCAUCUAUUUAAUGAUUCAGUAACAAGACUGUCCUUUCUUCUCACUGUUUUAUUGAGGUAAAAUUCACAGAACAUUAAAUUCACUAAUUUAAACUAUUUUAAAGUGCA